CGUCCGUAAGCCUGGCCACCUGCCUGGGACACUUGUGGUUGGUUGUGGCCCCGGGUCGUUUCCGGGCGGGGACAGGAAUCCGGCCAUGGGAGAUACUGGGGGGACUCGCGAGCCCCGGACCCGGGCGAGAGAGCGAGACCCAGACCGGCGCGCGCACCGGGACCGAGACCGAGACCGCCACGUCGAGCGGCCCCGGGACCGAGCCGGGGACAGGCACCGGGAGAGGAACGGUGACGUGAGAGGAAACGGGGACCGUCGGGCGGGCAGGGAACGGAGGACGGACCGAGACCCGCGCCAGGACAGACACAGGGACGCGGGCCAUCGUGCAGCUGAACAAAGAGCCUGGGAGAAGCCCCGCCAAAGCCGUGCGCGGCCCGAGCCCCGGGUACCCAGUUGGGACACAGCCCCGAUCCCCGGGCCCGCGCCCUGGGGGGCCCCGGAGCCGCCGCCGAAGCAGGGCCUCGGGCGCCGCGGGCUGGACAGUGAACUGGCUUCGGAAAGAUACGUGUCCGUACACUCCCAGCCUGCACAACGGGAAGAGGAAUACUACCAAUCUGAAGCUGAGGGGCUCCUGGACUGCCACAAAUGCAGAUACUUGUGCUCAGGGAGAGGUGUGGUGCAGAUAGUGGAGGUGAUUUUGAAUGGCAUGGUUCUCAUGUGCAUCGUGGCCUCCUACUUCGUCCUGGCCGGAUUCAGCGCCAGCUUUGCCAGCGGCAGCGGCUUCGGGAAUAACUACUACUCACCUUUUGAGGGCACGGAGCUGGAGCAGGUUCGGCAGCUGGACCAGCGGUACACGAUCCUGCGGUCGCCCCUGAUCUAUGGUGGCGUGGCUGUUUCUCUAGGGAUGGGCGUUCUCACCAUGGGCGUUUUACUGCGGGGAGCCAAGAGUCUGAGGAAGCUGCCUGGGAGGUGGCUGCUGCUGGAAGCCGCCUUCAGCCUCUUGGCCGCGGUAGGCUACUGCGUUGGCAUUGGCAUUUACCUGCACGCUGCAUUGCGCAUCAAUUCCACCGACACCUGCAAAACCAGAGAGAGGCUCUAUGCCCGCAGGGGUCUCACCUGGAUGAACUGCCAGCUGGCGGGCACUGAUGGGGCGGCGGCCACCUUCGCUUGUCUUCUGGUGAUUAUGUACACGGCCAGCGUGGUGCUGGCCCUGCGGGGCUACCGAGAACAGAAGCGCUGCAAAGCCAGCCAGGAACAGCACAGAAAUUACUAUGGAGAUGUCCCAGAAUACGUGUGGUCCGGCACGCUCUAAGGAGACCUGGACUCCUUUGUUCCUCCCCUACAAGCACAUGGAUAUAGACAAGCGUGAUUUCCUAAGCCUCCCUGCAGGCACCGCAGCAGAGUUGAGUUGUAAAAG